AACAUGAGAACCAGAACAUGGUGACAUUAAACUGCUCUGUGGAGACAAAUGAAACAUGUAAACACUCAGUGAAGUGGUUGAUUCAGGGUAAAUAUAUAGAGAAAGACAACAAGGAAAUAACAGAAUCAUGGUCUUCCUGCUCUGCUGCUGUCACCUUCCAGACGUCUCAUUUCCUUUACCAGUCAAGGUUUGACACGUUAAAGUGUGAAGUAAAGACAGGAAAUAAAGUUCAGUUUUUUACCUUCAGCUCUCGUCCAUCAGAGAAAGACGAAACAGCGACCACAUCGCCAGCUACAACUAAACCAGAUGAAACAUCAGGCAACAGAAUGACAAGUACAAACACUUCAACAUCUGCUCCAGCUGUGGAACAAAGUUUUCUCUGGUUGUAUAUCACUCUACCUCUGCUUCUGGUGGCCUUGAUAACAACUCUGUUCAUUGUGUUAAAGAGAGCAAGAGGCCACAAAGCUAAACAAAUUUCCAAUGACGGUGUAACUUUGACUCAGUCUGCAUCUGAAACUCAGCAGCAGGUUGACCCAGAAAAUGGCGUCUCCUACGCCUCCAUCAGCUACACCAAGAAGUCCAGCAGCAGCAGGGCUAAAGAUGAUGAUGAAGGUGAAACUGUGACAUACAGCACGGUGAAAUCUCCCGCCGUAGAUCCCAGCAGCCUCUACGCUUCCAUCAAAUAACCAGACAAGCAGUUUGAGUCCCAGGAAGGAGCCAAAUGCUAGAUUUACUGUUACAGGUGUGAUUAGUUGAAAAAAAGUGAAAUGCCUCAUUAUAGAUAACUGCAUAAAAGAAGGAAAGUAAUGUAUAUUGCACUUGUUUAGCUUUGCUAUGGUUAAUUACUAUAACUUAUUAACCGAGCUUUGCAAUGUAUGUUUUUUUUAUUUUAAAUUCCAAUUUCCAACUGAAAAUCAGAAAUUUUAUUUCAGCGUUUGAUAUUUAAGUUUCUCAUUUUUAUCUGAGUAUUUAUCUGAGACUGAAGAAAUGGAUGUGCUAUUUUUAGUAUUUUAGUAUCAUAAAUGACUCCGUCCAGCAGAGUGACUGAGAUGUGAAACUGUAAAAGUCUUCAGCAGGAGACUUUGAAACUGGACGAAAAAGGAGAACAGCUCUCCAACCCUCAAGUUUUGUUUUCUUGUGGUCUUACUUCUUGAAAGAAACCACCAAUUUAGAGAAGUGGAUGUGUGACAACUGGAAAGAGACGUUUUGAGAGCCACAGUUUGCACAGGACCUCAUGUGGAAUUAUUUAAUCAUGUAUUGAUAAUGCUUGUAACAAUCCUGAUGAUUGUUAUAAGUUUUUGAAAAGUCCUUUCAUUUUUUGAUGGAAUGAUUACAAGUUUCCAGAUAAUAAAGCUCAUUUCUCACAUCGUGUUUGUGUGAUGCCACCUGCUGGUGAAAUGUGAAUAAAGUUUAUACUGUAUGUGAAGGGCUUUGUGUUAAUGCCUUGCGAUUUACAUUACAUAUUGUUAUUGUCCAUAAAAUUCAAGGUAAAAUUAAGCUAUUCAUGUU